GAGCCCUUCGCGCCCCGCCGGAACGACGGUCGGCGCGCGGCGGAACGGGGCGCGCGGGCGCGCGGCGCGGGGGGACCCGUGCGCGGGUUGCUCCGGCGGCGCGGUUGCUAGGCAACGCCGCCGCCGCCGCCUCCUCCUCCUCCUCCUCGCCGCAGCGAUGAAGGCCGCCGACUGGUGUCUGAGCUCCGCCGGGGCUGCCGUCGUGCUGGCCACCUCCAGCGACGAGCAGUACCCCGCCGAGAACAUGGCGGACGGGAGGUCAGAAACCUUUUGGACAACGACAGGAAUGUUCCCCCAAGAAUUCAUUAUUGGUUUUCCUACACGUGUAAAAAUCAGCAAAGUCGCGAUUCAGUGUUAUUUAGUGCGGACUUUAAGGAUUGAAAGAAGUGUAUCUAAAGAGCCAGUAGAUUUUGAACAGUGUAUUGAAAAAGAUUUGCAAUACACAGAAGGAGAGCUUCAAACAGAAGAAUUUCUAUUUCCUGAUUUCCAAGCCACUUACUUGCGUUUCAUCAUCAAAUCUGCUUUUGAUCAUUUUGUAUCAGUGCACAGGGUGAUGGCAGAGGGCACAGCAGAGAACAUUUAAGUCCAGAUGACCUUCCCUCCUUGAAGUAGAUAUAAUCUUUCUGGUAAUGCAGCGUAUUUUGAACUGCUCAGAUUUUCCAUUGUGUCUAAAACCACUGGACAUAAAGGAUUCUUUUCCUGAAGAAAUUGAGCAGCAGUUCUUCGAUCUUCAAGGCUUCUGUGAUUUUUAAUAACAACAUUGUUUUUAAAAGCCCAUCCAUCUAAAACAAAUGAAAAGGAUUUAGCAAGGAAUAUUUCCAUUCUUAAACUCCAUUUUUGAGUAGGUGUUUAUAUAUAUAUAUAUAUAUAUAUAUAUAUAUAUCACAUCCGAAAAUAGUGUUUAAAGAAUACUAGAGUGUAUUCCUAUCACCAAAACUUGCCAUGAAAUCAAAGUUCUCCCUCAGAGUAUGAGAGCAAAACAGCUUUUCAAAGAAAAGAUUUCAUUUUUUUCCUAAUUUGGGCAAACUGUAUUUUCCCACUUGUCCUGAAUUGAGAAAUAGAUGAUAUGUUUUAGCUGGUGUUUCCCCACAUAAAUCGAGCUUAAAGAGAUACCAGAUGUGGGAAAUGCACCACAUCUGGAUGAAGUUUAUCAAAAUUAUUGGCAUAGAGAAGUGGAUUUUAAAAUGCUAAGUAGUACUAUUAGCUGAUACCCAUUCAGUUAGCACAGUUUCAACAAUAGAACUGUUUGUUCUGCUUGAUUCUACUCCUUAAGCCUAUAAAAACAAAUCUCAGAUCUGUGAGAACCAAAACAUUUGGGAAAUGGUCCAUCUCCGGUUUUCAAAAAUCUAGAAGUACGUGUUUGCAUACAACUAUUCCUAAUAAAAGAGAAACUAGUGGAAGUUUUUGAUAAAUGACUUAGUUUCUAGCUAUUGCUGAACUACCAAAGCAGCCCUAAUUGUAAGAGUACUUGAAAACUGUAAAUGGCACAUUUUACAAAAGUGCCUUAAUUUUCAGAUAAAAAUAUGUGCCAAUGCAUUUUCUAAAAUCCAAUAUAGUUAAAAGACUGUAUACAGUUUGUUGCACCGAAUCUUUCAAACUCAAGUCUGCAUCUGUCCUUGAGCCAUACUAAAAUUAUUUUUACUAAUUAUACAGUUUUUUGAACACUUAAUAUAUGCUGUUAUCAUAAACUUAAGUUCUAUGAAAUAUUUACGCUUUAUUUUUUUCCCCCAACAGCAGUUGCUAAGACUGGGAGGCAAUUUUGUAAAGAUUUAACUAUGUGCGUUGCUUUACUUCACACAGAUGAGUGUCUUCAGCAGGAGUCCCUUAUUGUAAAAUCGGAUGUGUAAGUAAAAAAUCUUUGCAGAAUGAGGGACUUGCAUUGUUUCCUAAAUUUGUCAUUGCCACUUUUGAUUUUGGCAAGACUCCUUUUGUCUGCAGUUCCUUCCCUCGCUGAUUCUUUUAUUAUUAUUAUUAUUAUUAUUAUUAUUGAAGGGAAUGAUGUACAUAUAAAACUGAUAGGCAUUAAAAUUGAUAUUUAUACUGUACCUACUGCAUGAGCUUCUUCAAUGUAGAUGAUAAGGAAAUCUGCUAUAGAGCUGAAAUCUUUGAUGAGGUUGUUGAACUCAUCAAAUUUUAACAUAAAUGAAGGUCAAGUGCAGCUUCCAAAAUUCAAGAUUAGUGGUCGAUUAUCUGGAGGAAAAAAAAAAGGGAUACUGAAUGUAUAGUUAAAUCUGUGGUGGUAGGAAGGACUGCAUUAAAACACAGAACUGAGCCUCUGCCACAGAUUUCUUAGGGGAGAAUGGGUAAAUCACUUAUCUCAACUUUCUAGGAAGAAAGUUAGGGAUAUUCUAAUUCUCAAGAUAGCAAAACAGGUGUAUCACCACAUUUCUAUGCAAAAGAAGUGUAAAGAUGCUUUCUUUUCCCUAGUUUGGUUCUGACCUGUUCAGGAUCCAGUCCUGUAGCGAGUUUAACAAAGGAGAACUCUUUCCUGUGUAAAGAGAAUUAAAGGCAGAAGGCUCCAUACAGGCAUACAACUUCUCAAUUCCUUAUUGCAAGAUUCAAUUCUGAAGUUAGCAAAAUUUAGGGAUAGGAAACUGUUCUAAUGUGGAUAUACACAUUAGAUAUACAGCAUGUAGCACAUCACAACCUUCCUCCUCCCUGAGAUCCUUAAGACAAAGGAGCUUUAAAAAUGAUUUUUUUUAAGGGUAGUGUUUGGAAGAGCUGGGCAUCUAAGCACAGGUUCUCAAUUCCGCUUAAUCUAUUGGAUGUAUCUUGAUUUUCAGAAGUGUCAGGUUUAGCUGAUGUUCUAGCUGUAUUGAGUGGAAGCUGCAAACCUUUCAGUCAUGCGUCACAGGCUUCCACAUUUUCGAUGUAUCUUUGCAAUUUCCUUCCCAAACAGAACUUCUGUUAAAUAUUUAUUAAGCUAAUGUUUCACAAGCCACUGACAAAAAUAUUUAUGCAUUUGCUUACAGAUUAACACAACAAAUGCCCACAUGUGUUAGCUACAAGCUUCUGUUUGAAGUAUUGCAAGGCCUUCUUAAGUGAUUCUGAAGAAGUUCUCUUAAGAAAUUCUUAAGAGAAUUUCUAAGCACCUCUUUUAGUCUACGAUCAUGUAAAAUUACCUGAAGUUUAUUCAAGAUCUUCCUUCUGUCUGGGCUUAGCUUCAAAAACCAGUGCUACAGUUCCACAUCGUUAGAAUCUAAUACAGGUAGUACCUUCUUGUGAAAUAUUUUUUUCCAAAUAUGCAACUUGAUUUUAUAGAUAUAAAUAGAUAUAUAUGCAUAAAUAUAUUUUAAAUAAAGUAUUUUAAAUUGGAAGAGUAGAGCUAGAGAAGGCUUUAAUCACUCGCAUGGGGAUGAGAGACUGUCGUUUAAUGAUUAAUUCUGCAUUCUACAGAGAUCUCAGUGGGGAGAAUGGGCAAAGUGCAGUGCAGCUUCUGCUCUGUUUCUUAUUCUACAUUUAAUCUGUAAAUACAUUGGGUGUUUUCUGGGCAUUGGGUGUUUCUAGUUUAGCGUAAGGAGGCAGUGUGGGGACUUACUAUAUGUACACAGAAUGAUAGCCAGUGUUCGUGAAACACUGUGGGUGGGUCUGAUU